AUGCCGUCACCAGUCAGUAGUAAACAGAGAUGUAGUUUUUCACGCUUAUUUCUCUUCUCCCUCCUCCUCGUCGCUCCAUCCACUCGCUUCUUCCCCAGAAGUACCUCGCACGGGGAGUCUCCUUAUUUCUGCGAAGCCGUCAAAGUCUACAAGCCGGAUCAGUCCAUACUCCUCUUCCUGAAAUCACGCUGGCCCGGCUUCCAAUACGCGGACUCGUGGAUCGCUGGCACAGACUGCUCCACGUGGCAGGGAGUCACCUGCGACGCGAGAUCCGGCGCCGUCACGCGCCUCGACUUAUCCGGCGCGUGGAUCAACGGCACCAUCCCGCCCGCGAUAGGAAAUCUAACAUCCCUCACGAGUCUGUUAUUUUGGGGCAACACGCUCACGGGGCGACUCCCGUGGUCCAUCGGCCUGCUAAGCCGCCUGCAGGAGCUGCGAAUCACCGACAACGGCCCCGGCAUGCGCGGACCCAUCCCGGCCACGCUCUCCCGAUUGACGAACCUCGUUUACUUGGACCUCUCGCGCAACCGUUUCUCGGGUCCCAUUCCCGGGUUUAUCCUCGGCGGGACGAUGAAGAAACUCGACACGUUGGAUCUGUCCGCCAAUCGGCUCACAGGAAGCAUUCCCGGGGCAUCGCUCGGCGCGCUUUCCGUUUUGAAGACUUUAGGCGUCACCGACAACCGGCUGGCUGGUAGCAUUCCGGCGGAGAUCGGCAAUCUGAAAGCGCUGACGUACCUGAUGAUUCAGAAUAACCGGCUGGAAGGGCCGCUGCCGUCGAGUCUGACGGCGUGUACCGGUCUGGUGAGGCUGAUGGCUGGUUUCAACCGAUUGGGGGGUCCCCUUCCCGUGAGCACUCUUCUGCGACUCCCGAAGCUGGAGGGUCUUUCGCUCAAGCGUAACAGCUUCGUCGUUACAUCGUUAGCGCCUCUCGCGAACCACCCGAAGCUUAGAGACAUCGACCUGAGCCAAAACAAGGUCGCUCGGCGAAUCCUCGCAACCCUCGGGAAGAUGAAAAACAUCCAGAGCCUGAAUCUGGCGGGAAACAAACUGACUGGACCCAUUCCUGCGUUUCUACUAGCCAAUCAGCCGAAGCUGUAUGGACUCGAUCUAUCUUUCAACAGGCUUUCAGGGAGCUUCCCGUGGGCUGCGGUAGCAGGCGCGCCUGAAUUAGCAUGGUUGAACAUCCAGAACAACAUUCUAUCGGGCGAAAUUCCAGGAAAUCCGUUCAAGGGUCUCCACAUGCAGGUUUUGAACAUGUCGAAUAAUUUCUUCGCGGGAGGUUUGCCCAAUUUCGGUACGCCGGAAGGGGAAUACAAUCUGGACCUGCGUGACAAUUUCUUCUCGGGCAGACCGGAAAUACAGGCGUGGGGCAAGCGAGUCUGCCCGAUCGAAGGGCAGACGGGGAAGCCUGCCGAUGACUCAACGGUGUACCUCACUGUUGCUCGUAAUUGCCUGUCGCAGGUGCCUGGUUGCAAGGUUACAUCGCAACGCAGGCCUGCUUCGUGUGCGGCUUUCUGCGGUGCGAACGGUAAAUCAGGGCCGUGUGGGGGACAUGGCACCUGUCUACCUACGCCAGUGGGUGGGAAGGUGCGCUGGCGGUUUUCCUGCGUGUGCGACAAGGGUUACGCUUUGAAGCCAGGGAACGCAUUUAUAUGUGAGCGGACAGCAGCAGCUGCGGCCAGGGUCUGA